AUGCAGAGGCGUGUCAACUGGCUGGCUGGUGCAUGGCCGGAUUUCCGCUUGCAUCUGACUGUCGUGGGCAUUGCUGCGAGUAGUUCUGAUUCUGUAGGCCUCAGAAUUCAGUACCGUGACUUGUCUCGGGCCCUCAAAUCGGGUGGUUUCGAAUCCCGCCUCGUCACUUUGGCGUCUCUUCGAUGCACUGAUGUUCAAGGAGAUAUGUUGGACCACGACUUACGGACAUUCCCCAUAAUCGAGGACGCCACUCAGCCAUCGUGGACGCACUCUUCGAGCGGCGCUAUGAGUCAACCUCAAGGCCUGGCGGUCUCUUCGAUCCUCGUGGCCACUCCUGAUUUGUGGCCGAAGCACCUGCUGGGCUUAGUCUCCCCGCUGAACAACAAGUUUAAUCCAACUCAACCGGUUGCACCUGCUGAGGGCACGGCGAGACCUGAAGCCACCUUCCCCGCCGUCGAGUGGCAACAGAUCUCAGCACAAAUUCGCUCUGAACAGUGCUUACCAUCCAUGGGACCUGAUUCUACGGAGCGCCUGAUUGCAUCCUUCACCGCCGUCGCCUUGUCUUCGCCUGGCUCGUUCGCUCACUUCGAUACGGCGUACGCGUGCGCUGUACAUCCUCUUGAUGCGUCUAGCCCUGGGGUUCAUUUAUUGCCUCGACAUCGCAUCGCUACAAUGCUGCUGACUGCGCCUAUCGACAUCAGAGAGAAGCGGCAGAAGAGGGAAAACUUAUCCGAAAAAGACGUUCUCGAUUCCAACUUGCCGUUGGAUAACAAUGAUGAUACGGCGGAGCUCCAUUCUGGCCUAGAUAUGCUCGGCUAUCCAGCAGACUCUAUUGACGACGCCCACAUCAUGCUGCUACCACACGAAGACUCAAAUGUGGCUCUUGCUCUCGCCUGCGUGGCCAGACAAGAGGAGAUAUAUAGCGUGAUGUCCAGCGCUAUAAUGCAGCGACGGGUAUUCGGAAUCACAGACGCUCUAUCGGGACUCGCUCUUGAGCCGCUCAGCUGGACAGUGCGCGUCGUGUUCGGCUGGAUAUCAGAAGGGGACGAAGCCGACGACUUCGAGGUAUGCUUCGCACACGCUCCCGCCCACGCAAGUGCGCAAGACCAUGAAGUGGGAGCCUUCGACGUCGCCGACCAUCGUUCUGCAUCAGCGCUUGCCCGAUUUCUGGCCCUGCAGGCGGAAUCUCAUAGGCGAGUGGUAGCGACCGCGCGAGCGCAGAUCGCUCUUUCCCGUGAAAUGGUGACGCGAACUGGUCAGCGAAUAUGGCGGGUAGACUCCGCGCGGAAAAGUGCUCUUGUUGCUGGGGAUGAUGCGCAGGCCAAGAUCGAGCGCAUCAUCGAGUGGCGGAAUGCAUUGAGCAUCCCGCCUAUUGCCUUAAAGGAGAAAGCUAAGCGAAGGGCGCCCGAAAGCGAGGCCAAGACGCUGGAAACCGAAUUUGUGAACAUCGGCUUCGACAUGAUGAGCGAGUGCGAAUACCAUAUGUUUGUCUUCUAUACGUGCUCUACUUCUGUCGACGAGCUGACUACCUCUGCCAGAUCUAGAGGUGGUGAUUUGUUUUCGCUUGAUACGUCAGGGAUUCAUAUUCUCGCUGAGAACUACGUUCGGCCGUAUGCGUGGCCACCGCCCGAUAUUCCGACUCGAAUCCCGGGAGCAAUCGCGCUCAAGCCUGUCAUCACGCAGUACCUGCUGUCGUUGGACUUCGGUUCACGGAAAGGCGAUGAUGUCGGUCAUCUUACCGCCCCUCUACUGGCGAACUGGGAUCAAUAUUGCGCAGAGGUUACAUUCGAGAAGAAAAUCCGUACAAAAGAUCGCCUACCAAAAAUCAAGUCUGCAAUGCAGGCCCGCGCAACUAUAAUGAACAUUCUACCAAUCGUCAGCCGUGUCGCGGCGGACGCACGCAUGGCAGCGGCUACCCCAAGGUCUCGACUUUCAUGCGAUAUUUUGCUGGCAGAGUGCCUUCGUACCGAGGAUCCUCGAGGCCCUCACAUUCGGCGAGACCGUGAAGUGCCCUUCCCCCGCAACGCAUACUUUGACAACGCUCACGAUGAUUCCUGGCCUCAUCGUGCUUCCGGCGUGCUUGGAAACUACCGGGACACGGUCUCGGGCAAGUACACUCUACGAUGGCAGCACCGGUCUUCAAACUCCUCUGACGAGCCUCGGUGGCUUCGUCGGGUCAAGCAGGAUCUGACCAAGACCGUUUUCGAGGCGUAUUUGCGCAGAAGUGACACCGUCGACUGUUGUUGGUUCGGGAAGCGCAGGACUAGCUGUCGUGACGCUCUCAUGGACGCUAGCGUCCUCGAUGCUCAUCCCUCCGAUAUAUGCGAUACUGUCGCUUUUAUGUCCAUCCCAAACGUCUUCGACUUGGAGAACGCAGACUCGGGCCAGUUGAAGCUCAUUGAGGGCUUCCGCAUUAUCGGCCAGCGUUCGACGAAGGUCCCUCCUCGCGUUUUCCCAGAAGAUUAUCCCAGUUGGACGAGGCGUAGUCUAGAUGAAGGGUUCGAUGUUGCGGAUCCUGUCCUGCGCAGAGCGCGGGAGAAGUCCGGCGUCAAUGCGAAGGGUGCGCGCGCGCCUACGGCGUCCUCUUUCUCAAAGGCAGAAGCACUAGGACGGACCGAGCAAUCGGCCAGUAGCGCUGCUUUACUCGAGGGGUCGACCGCAGAGCGAGUUUCCAGCGGAUCGGGCGAUCUUCAAAUUCCUUUUCUGUGGCUGGAAGAUUGCAGUCGCUAUUCCAGCUUUGAGCAAGGGUUCGGUGGUGCGCGCUUGCGCAUUAUCUCCACCUUGCGCUUUUUGGCAGCAUGCAAGGUUUACAACCUUGUUGUCUUUGCCCUCGUCACCGCCGGUUCGCACGCUCAUCUCCUUUGCGGUUGGGGCACCGAGCCGCCCCCAAACGAUACCCUCAACCAUGUCCACAUGCAUAUCGGCGACGUCAACUGUCCGAUCUGGGAUCUGCGCGACACCUCGCAGGCCAUAAGGCUUUGUGCGUUCCUGAUACAGCUGCGCGACAAGCACGCACCCAAGGUUCGUAAGGCUUUCGAGGCGCAGAAGGAGGACUUCAAGUGUGCUUGGAACGCGGACCCGACAUCACCGCGAUUUCAGUGGACUAUGAAGCAUCAGCAAGCUAGCUCUCUGGUACGAGACAUCGGCAAAGAGCGCGACAAACAAAAAAAGCGUUUCGAGGAGCUGCACCAGGAGAGGGAGGAGAUUGGGCGCGCGAUGGAACAUCUGGAACACGCGAUAAUCCCCGACACGGACGUCCCGGCGUAUCUGGAAGAGUUUGACAGCAGGUUUGCACGCAUGGAGGAACCUGAUCCCGAGCUGGUCGAACUACUUGACUUCGCCUGUACACAGCUGCCUGAGUCAUGUCGGACAAGAUUCAUCAGCGAUAUGGCGGAGGUGAUGUGA